AUGAAAAAUAUUACCAUUGAGAGAACCUGUACACCGGAAAGGAUUUCAACUGACAGUAACACAUCAGUCCCUGAAUUUCCAUUCCAAUUAACAGAACAAAAUUACCAUGAAAAAACUGAGUUUAUUAAAAAUAGUCUUCAUGAAAUUGGUUUGACUGAAGAAAGCAUUUCUGAAGAUCAAGAAAUUUCUCAAAGAGAAUUCAAUUCAAAUUUUGCAUCAUUGCAGAGUUGGUUUAUACGGAUUUCUCAUAAAGAAAAAUUGAGCUAUGUUCUUAAAUUAUUAAAUAUGUUCAGUGUUGUACUAAAAAGAAAUACGAAUUUAUUAGUUGACAUAUUGGGUCCGAUUUCCAAAGAUUUUAUUUAUGCCAAAACCCAAUAUACAUUUUCAAAAUAUGACAUGACUCCUUUAGACAACAAUCGGUGUUUAGCCGAUAUUCCAUUAGCUGAAGCUAAGACUAAUAGCUUGUCUUGGUUUUCUGAAUUACAAGAAAAGGAACAAGUUCGGGUCAUGAUAAUUUUGCUGAAUCUCUCAGGGAGUGUUAUUACAUUCCAUUUUUAUUUUAAAGCAGUAAAGUACCUUGAUCAUAAAACAGAUUAUGAUUUAUUAGUUAUUGAAGAAAAAUUAAAGGAUUUUAAGUUUUACAAUAACAUGAUGAAUAAGAAAGAAUCUACUGAUCUUAAUAUCAUUGAUUUUAAGUCUAAUGUGAGCCCAAUUUUCCAUGUGAGCAGCAAUAUUAGUCAAGUUAACUCUGAAACAAAAAAUUUGGAAACUGACAAGAAAGAAGGAUCUACCACCAGUUUAACUUCUUCUACAAAUGGAAUGACUGCCUUGGAUUAUGAACAUAAGCUUGUAGAAUGGGAAAAGGAAUUCAGAGCACUAAUGGAUAUGUCAGGCUUACUUAAAUCAGGAAAUUUGAGUGAGAUUGCACUUCCUGUUAUUGACAUGUUACAACUUUUACCAAUAUCAGUCAAUAGAUAUAUAUACACAUUUCUUGACCACAGAUCGAAGAAGCACCUGAGACUAAUCAAUAAAUAUUGGUCGAAAUCUUCAGUGUCUAUACGUAAAGAAGAAAAUACUAGACAUUCGCUCGAUCAGGCUAUUACAAUGUUGGAUUUUAAGUCAGAUAGUUGUAAUACAAAAGAUUUUUACUCAGAAGUCAAAUAUGUUCAACCAAAAAAACGUGACAAAGAACGCUCACUACCUGGUCAAGAAAGUAAGAGACCAUCUACUAAACGUCAAUCUACUGUAUCAAUUAAUUCCACAAAACGUUCUCCAAGUGCAACAUCAAUACUCGAUAAAAGUUUGUUUAAACCAAAGUAUUCUAUAAAAAUGACUCCUACUCCAAAUCAUCAAUAUACUAAAAAAUAUCCAAAAAAUCCCUACAAAGGAAGAUUUAUCAUUUCUGAAAUCUAUAGCAGAUUUGAUCAUACUCGUUGCAUUGCUGCUAAUUACCAGUGGGUUGCUAUGAGUAAUAAAUCAAACAUAACAUUGCAUAGUUUGUUGACUGGAGCUCCAAACCCAUGCCAGUUAAUAGGUCAUACUGGUUAUGUAACUGUAUUAUGUUUUCAUCCUUCUAAAAACUGUUUAUUUUCUGGAAGUUGUGACACCACCGUUAAGUACUGGGAUAUAUAUUCAAGAAAGAUUAUUGCCACUUAUUCAAACCAUAAGAGCCUUAUUACAGAUCUAAAUGUAAAUGAAAAUCAUCUAGCUUCAGUAUCUAUGGAUCAAACGCUCAGAAUUUUCAAUAUUGAAAGUGGUUAUAUGGUGUGGCAGUAUCUAUUUUCAUGUAGCCCUGUGGCCGUUACUUUAGGCAGGAAACUUGAAGUUUAUUUGGGAGUAGAAGAUGGUUCAGUUUUCAGAACAGAUUUGGAAUCCCAUCAAACCCCUGAAGAAUGGGAAGCUACUUAUGCUCAUGAAGAUAAAAUAACCUGUAUUGUGUUUGAUGAGCCAUUUUUAGUAACUGGAGGAGAUGAUGGUUAUGUUAUGGUAUGGCGUUUUGAACACUUUGAGGCAUCUGCAGUUGCAACUUUUGACCACGAUGGACUCUGUGUAACUGGUGUAGCUCUGAGUUUUAUGAAAGUAUUAACCACUGCUAUUGAUGGAAUUUUAAGAAUAUGGGAUGUUUGUAAUUCAAGACUUAAACGUGAAAUAGUGGUGAACAUUGCAAGAACUCCCAUAAUUAGUAUGAUUUGCAUGGAAAUAAAUGAUCACACAAAGGUGAUUAUUAACAGUGAAGACAGUAUUAAAGUAAUCGAAUUCAAAUUUUAUUGGAUUAAUUUUAGUAAAACAUGUCUAACGAAGGAAAAUAGAGAACCCAAAUUUGUUAGAGGAUUGGAAAGAAUAACCACAAUAGGACCAGAUGAUGUACUGAUGGGUUCUGAGCCUCAAUUGAAAAUUGUACCGAAAGAUAGAUUUGAAAAACGAUGUCGUGAACUUUUACUAUUACGCCAUGCUACUUUGCCUGAUGUUGUGAAACCCAGUAAAGGAGACAAAGUUACAUUUAAGGAAGUUCCAAUCUUUUCAGAUGCUCUUCUAGAUAAUGAUUUGCUGUUAUUUCCGAGAGUCCUACCUGAAGCUCAGAAAAUGCCACCACAUGUUGUUAAAAAUGAGAUCUUAGAAGGUGGCACUAAAAUAUUAAGUGCACUACAGAAAUAUUUGCCCAUGUCAACAAAAGGAGUUCUUCCAGGUUAUAAUCCUUCAAAAAUAACCAUGUAG